GCUGUUUUGGGCUCAAUUUGAAUGACCACCGAAAGGAAAACAAGUUACCCAAAAUUCGAGCGAAACCCUUGUUCCCCUUCCAAACCAGAGAAGAUAAUAGAAGUCCCAGCGCAGCGUGCACCUCUUCAAAUGGAAGACGACGACGAUUCCCCUCCCCUCGCCGUUCCCAUCCCCAAGCCGCUGGAAACUUUCAAUGAUUCCCACAAUCCCACCGGAAGCCACGCCCAAUCCCCCGUCGGCGUCACCGUCAUCACCGGCUACCUCGGCGCCGGCAAGUCCACGCUGAUAAAUUACAUACUGAAUGGGAAGCAUGGGAAGAAGAUAGCUGUGAUAUUGAAUGAGUUUGGGGAGGAGAUCGGAGUGGAGAGGGCGAUGAUCAACGAGGGAGAAGGUGGAGCUACGGUCGAGGAGUGGGUGGAGCUCGCUAAUGGAUGUGUUUGUUGUACUGUUAAGCACAGUCUUGUUCAGGCACUGGAGCAGCUUGUACAGAGGAAAGAGAGGCUUGAUCAUAUAUUGCUGGAGACAACAGGUCUUGCUGAUCCUGCUCCCCUAGCUUCUAUUCUUUGGCUGGAUGAUCAGUUGGAAUCAGCAGUUCGACUGGACUCUAUUAUCACUGUUGUCGAUGCCAAAAAUAUCCAUAUGCAGCUUGAGGGGUAUCAGAGUUCUUCUUCAUUUCCUGAAGCAUUUCUUCAAAUUGCAUUUGCGGAUGUAGUAAUCCUUAACAAGGUUGACUUGAUUCCACAAGAGAAUUGUGGAAUUCUUAACUCGAAUGCGCUGCAGGACUUGGAAAAGGCAAUCCAUGAUAUUAACUCUCUUGCAAUUGUUAUUCCAUCGAUUUGUUGCCAAGUCGACCUGCACAAAAUUUUGGAUUGUCAGGCCUAUGGUGCUAAGCAUCUUGCUUACCUUGAAAACCUAUUGCAAGAAAGUAAAGCUGUACCUAUCAAGAACCGUCACGAUUAUAGUGUACAAACCUUGUGUAUUUCUGAACAGCAACCCGUUGAUUUGAGUAAGGUUCGCUUAUGGAUUGAAGAUCUUAUUUGGGAAAAGCGUUCUAACAUGGAUGUAUAUCGAUGUAAAGGAAUCCUCUCUGUCCUUAACUCUGAUCAACUUCAUACUUUACAGGCAGUAAAAGAGUUAUAUGAGAUUGAACCAGCUCGCAAAUGGAAUCAGAUGGAAAACCAGACGAGCAAGAUUGUAUUCAUAGGUCAUAAUCUGGAUGAGACAAUUCUUCGUGAUUCGUUCAAGUCUUGCACAUUACAAAUCUAGUGCAUUUGUCUGUUUCACUCUUCUAUACUUAUGGUGCAAAAAUACCAAAAGCACGAGGAGGUCCUUAUUCUUCAUUUAUUGUGUGAAAUUUCAUUCCCAAAUCAAUACUGUGAGAUGCAAGGUUUGGUUGAGCACAAUUCUGUCAGCGUAUUAAAUAUUUGCAUUUGUGCUGGACAUGAAUCAGGGAAAUGCAAAUAUUUAAUGGAAUAUCGGCAGAUCUUCUCAUCAUUUGAUGGAGAGGAAGUGAGUGCAAUAAAUGUACACUUGUCUGCAGAUGAUAUGUUGAGAUUUUAUACUUGCGUUGUAGUGAUUUACCCUAGUUCAGCUUAUUCGUACCACUGUUUGCCUGAUAUUUAUCCUGUACUAUGUAUUAUAAUAUGCAGCACUGGAGGACCUUUGAACCUUAAAUUUUAUCUUUGAUGGUAUGUAGUAUAAGAUUGUUUUCAUAGUAGUUUUCCUGCA